GUAGGCACUUUCAACAGCUGUAAUUUUGCGCUCGACUUGAUCACGAUUCUCAUAAAUGCAUAAAUGACGGCUUAUAAUGUAUUAUAUAUAAAGAGCUAUGAAAACAAGAAGUGCUCUCUCGAUGUUCUGAACUGUGUCAAUCAUAUUCAGAAAUCAUUAGAUCGUGAAAUGGCUCUUAAAGGUCCUAGUUAUUUAGCUGGAUUAUUUCGUCUAGCUCCUCAGAUACAGUCAGGGGUUUCUGAAGCCAAACAACCAAAACCGAAAACAUCUUACGAGUCAAUACAACACAACGAAAGUCAAACGACCUUUUAUCGUAGUAUUCCGUCCGUAUCUGAUGACCCGAAUUCCCAAGAAUCCUUACAAAUAACUUCUCCUGAGGCCCAAAAUGUAUUCAAUGAAAAGAUUCCAUUAUGUAUCAUUACACAAAUUGAUAGAAAUUUACCAUGUGCUAAAACAAUGAGAUCUGAAUAUCAUCAUCAGCAAGCAUCAACAUCUCAUUCUACAUAUGAGAAUAGAGAUUAUACAAAUAGUUGUCGUUCUUUAUUAUCAAUAUCUAGUAACAGAGAAAUUAGCGAUAUUGCACCAUCCGUUUUAAAGAACCCAUUCUCAGCCUUUGUAUAAUCGUUUUUCAAACAACGAGUUCUAUGUUUGUCUGGCAAUGAUAACAGUGGAAUAGAUAUGUGUACUAGUUGUGAUCAGAAUAACAAAGCCUUGUGUUAUGUCCCGACAAGAAUAAUGAAUGGUAACUUUUGAGAUCUAUUAUGAACCAAUACUGUGCGUAUAUUUUUGUUGUAUAAUUGUCAAUUAACUAAACUAUUCAUAUUUAUGUCUCUCUUAUCAUAAGCUUUAUUUCAACCUAUGAACUGUUAUUAUACGAUUUUCCAUUCUUGAAUUAUACCCUGUCUAUUAGUCACCGCCUCCCUCAUUCACAGCCACAUCUGGAUAAUUCUUGUACACAUGUUUUUUCAUAUUUUAUUGGUACGUUGUGGUCUGUUUGAUUGGUAUAUAAACUCAGUUUGUUUGAA